AUGGAUAGAAGCAUCGAUCGUCGUCUAUGUGGACAAUGUCAUCAAUCGAUUGGCAGUGAGGCGUUGGUUGCCAUGAAUCGGUUAUGGCACCCGGAUCAUUUCUGCUGUUCGUCGUGUAAACGUCCGAUUAAGCAGACUUUCCAGGCAGCCGACAACCACGCUUACUGUGUCCAAUGCUUCGCCCAGAAAUACAAUCCAAAGUGCUCCGGAUGCAUGGAAACUCUUGUCGACACGUGCCUUUUGGCUCUGGAUCGUCACUGGCAUCCACGUUGUUUCACUUGCAACACUUGUAACCGCCCAUUGCCAAAUGGAGAAUUCUAUCUGGUUGAUGAUAAGCCGUACGAUUUGGACUGUCAUUGGGCGAAACGACUCGAGAAGCGAGAGCAUAUCGAGAGAGGAGAGCGUUAG